UCUCUGAUUGGUCAGCGGGUUGACCUUCUAACUCCGCCCCCACUGCCACCGCAACUUCGACGGAGUCAGCAGCCAGCCAUCCAACGGGAAGUUUUCGGGCAAAUUAUCAAACCAAGGCCCAGGAAAAGCCCGAAAAUGAGUCAUUUUAAGGAGCGUUUCGUGACUCUGCUCCACGAGAAAAACUUUGUGACCGACCAGCUGGCGACGCUGGAGCAGAAAACGGGAGUGAAGAGAGAGUAUAUCACCGUGGGUUUCCUGGGUUUUGUCGGGCUGUAUCUUCUGUUUGGAUAUGGAGCCUCACUGCUCUGCAACCUGAUUGGUUUUGCCUACCCAGCGUAUUUUUCCAUUAAGGCCAUCGAGAGCAGUGUGAAGGAGGAUGACACUCAGUGGCUGACCUACUGGGUUGUUUAUGGACUCUUCAGCAUCGUUGAGGCCUUCUCCGACAUCUUCCUCUUCUGGUUCCCCUUUUACUAUAUUGGCAAGUGUGCGUUCCUGGUGUGGUGUAUGGCUCCGGUGACGUGGAACGGUUCUGAGAUCUUGUACAAGCGUGUCAUCCGGCCAUUUUUCUUGAAACACCAGGCUACCAUGGACAGUGUGGUCAGCGAUCUGAGCGCCAAGGCUAAGAACAUAACUGAGAGUGUGACAAAGGAGGGUGAGAUACCAACAGUGUACAUCUGUUAACCGGGCCCUCAACCAUGACAAGGACCAGUGAGAAACAGGGGAAGGCUUUGUGUGUGUCUGUCUCUGUGUGUGUGUGUGUGCAAGUAUCUUCGUUAUUUGAAAGAGUGACUGAAUGAGAUUGUGUGUGUGUUUGACCUUUUGCUUUCGGUGUGUCAUCUCCCACUUCCAUGACGAAUGAUGAUGAGCCACUCACUGUGUCAUGUGGUGAAUUGAAGCUUCACACUCGUGACAAUAAAUUAAAGCUUGUUUGUGCGUCAACAUCAGUUUACUGCCAUCGGUACUGCUAAGGCAAUCGGGGAAACUGUGACCUUUCUAUGUGAUCAUCAUUUAUUGUAGUGUGACAACAUUUGUGGAAAGGAAAGUCAUUUGUGGCAACAAUUUACAUAUGUGUGCAAUACUGGUGGUGCAGUCAAUAUUAUUAUGUCUAAUUGAGCCAUUUGUGCCAGCAAACGGAGGCUCACAACAGUACGGUUUUAAAAGCAGGUUGUCUUCAAAUGUUUCCACAAACAGUGUUUUAUAACAUUGUAAAUCAAAACAUGUCUUUAAUGUGUGCUUGCUCUUAAAAAGCCUCACUCUUGCAUGUGCCAAGCAGCAUUAAAAGUCUGUUUGAGCUAUUGGGAAGGUUCUCAAUCUGUAACUUUAUUUGGCUUUAAUAUGUCUUAAUUUAUCUUCACAUAAUUAUUAAAUAAAACUGGAACCUUAAUGAACUGAAGACGCGUCUGUAUGUCGUGCUGUAAAAUUUCAGAUUUAUUUCUGUUUCGUCUGAUGCCCUUUCUCCAAACGGUGUCAUUCCUCACAAAGUGGGAAAUUGGAUUUUAUUUGGUCCAAAUUACAAUGUUCACGCACCAGUGAUUUCUCUAAUUGUUUUUUAUAGCGGUGGCAAGUCAGGGAAAUUGGAUUUCUGGAUCCAUAACCUGUGCAGAGUUUGGUCUAGUUUAUUUUGCAGCAUUCAUUUUUUUUUCAUAUUAAUGAACUUUAUCUGCCGUUUUUGUAAAAGGGUCCCAAAUAUCUCGAGCUGCCUUGGGAAACAAUAAAAGUUUAACUUAAAUACCUCAAAUUCUCUAUUAAACAUCUCCGAACUAUAUCAUUUUUAUAUGUGGAAAUAAAUAUUUUAUUACCAAAUUUGUAGAUACAGCUGCCGAUAAUUUUGAAUGAAACUCUAAUAUUUCUAAAUGGGCAAGCCUAUUUUUUGUCAUUUUUUGCAAGGAAGAUACUAUCGCCAUGGACAUUUCUCUCCCAUCCUUUGUAUUCGUUUGAUCCGUUGACCUGUCCCCCCAACUCCAUUUACCGGCAUUCAGACAGCCUAACCACCCACACUUUAAUUUGUCUUUAGCUCUGUAUUCACGCUUGAGGGGCUCUGAAUGGGACGCCCUUUGUGUUCGUGCACUGGAUGUAAUGCAUGGGAAACGGUGGAUGUAGCCGGUGCUAUGGCCACACACCGCCACGGGGAGAGGAACGCACCCAUCUGGAAAUGGCUGCUGUGAAGAUGCUGGGUGUUUGUUAUGGAUCCCCCCCUCAGCCACCGGUGGC